GAGUAGACUUAUCAAUCGAAUUAUAUGAACUUUUUGUCUAUAAAAGAGCGCACGCCAUCUCACCAUCAAUGGCGUCUACGACAGUCGCGAAUUUGACGCCUUUUCUUCUCGUUGGUCUCGCCUUCUUCUUGUUUUACAGACACCCAUCUUCUCCCCUCACUUUAAACAUGGCGCAAGAAAUCUCCAAAUCCGUUCACGACUUCACAGUUAAGGAUAUCCGCGGAAACGAAGUGCCCUUGAGCUCUUACAAGGGGAAGGUUCUUUUGAUCGUCAAUGUUGCAUCAAAAUGUGGAUUAACAGAGUCAAACUACAAAGAAUUGAACAUAUUAUACCAAAAAUACAAAAAUCAAGAUUUUGAAAUCUUGGCUUUUCCUUGCAACCAAUUUCUUUGGCAAGAACCGGGAACAAAUGAAGAAAUUCAGGAGACGGUAUGCACGAAUUUCAAAGCGGAGUUCCCAAUAUUUGAUAAGAUUGAAGUAAACGGAAACAAUGCAGCACCCCUCUACAAGUUCUUAAAAUCAGAGAAAGGUGGUUUCUUGGUUGAUGGCAUCAAAUGGAACUUCACCAAGUUCUUGGUGAACAAAGAAGGGAAGGUUAUCGAAAGAUAUGGCCCUCGGACCCCACCUCUUGAAAUCGAGAAAGACAUUCAAAAUCUGCUACAAUCAUCAUCUUCUUGAGAAAGAAAAAGAACACAAAUGAUGAGCAUUUGGGAAUAUAAGCUUGAAAUUUGUUGUGGCUAUGGUGGUUAAGUGGUUUGGUGUAUGGUUAAAAUAAGGUCCAAUGGAUGUGUCUGUAUGGUGGUUACAGGUUUGUACUUGUGAAAUAAGUCAUGCUCUUUACUUACUCUUGUACUUGGAACUUGGAAGCAAUAAUGUAUUAAAUUUAAUUCCCUUUAUGUUUUUC